AUGUCUGAGAACAUAGAUAAUGAGGAUCCGGCGACCUACGAGAACAUGUACCAUCUCAGUGAGCAGGAGCUUGCGUUCUUCAAAUCGCAAACGGGCAUCAAGGACGAAGAAGAACUGAAGCAGCACGUCAUGAGUGUGCGGGCCGAGGCUUUGAAGGUUACGCCUUACGCCUGUAUCAAGGCCUUUGCCUUCACCAAGUUGAUAGCCAAUCGCUCGCCCGUGUACCAACAGGCGAUUGCCAUUGGCAAGGAGCGCAAGGGUGCUAUCCUGCUUGACCUUGGUUGUUGCUUUGGCGUCGACGUCAGGAAGGCCGUAGCAGACGGAUUCCCUGCUGGAAACGCCAUAGGAUCAGACCUUCAUACAGAAUAUUGGGAUCUCGGUCACAAACUUUUCAGGACGACUCCGAAGGAGUUCCCGGCACAUUUCCUCGGGGGCGACGCCUUUGACCCAGACUUCUUCCGCACGGCCCCACCCCUCAAUGCCCCGCCUGAAGCCUCCGCGCCUGCGCUGUCCUCUUUGACAACCCUCACGCCUCUCCACGGACACGUCUCCGUGAUUCAUGUGUCAUCCUUCUUCCACCUGUUCAGCGAGGAGAAGCAGCUUGAGCUGGCGCACAAGCUCGCCGGCCUUCUCUCGCCUAUCCCGGGCUCUAUGAUCUUCGGGCUGCACAGCGGCCGGGCGGAGAAAGGCCUGAGGACGGAGAGCGCGAAGAUGCGAAUGGGCGAGUACAUGUUCUGCCACUCGGAUGAAAGCUGGAAGGAGCUUUGGGAUGGCGUGGUGUUCAAGAAGGGUACGGUGGAGGUCAAGGCGUCUCUACACAAUGUCAAGGAGCUGUUCGAUAGCUGGGGAGUCGACACACUGGACAUUCCCGAUCGGAUCAGGCAGGCGAUCGCUGGGAACCGGUUGUUCCUGGUGUGGUCGGUGACAAGGCUGUGA